ACCACCACACCUCUGUAAUACAGUGACGUCACCUCCCAGCUAGACGGACAGUUGGAGGCUUCGGGCACAGAGAUAUUGUUGACGUUUUGUUUUGAUCGCUUUUGUCUGGAUUUUUGGACAUUCUGCGACAUUAUCCUCAGAUUCACAUCCCACUUUUCGCCUCUACCAUCACGCCUCAGUGCGGGGACCCAGCAAAGAUGAAAUGGAUGUUUAAAGAGGACCAUUCCCUCGAGCACCGAUGUGUGGAGUCAGCCAAAAUACGCAACAAAUACCCUGACAGAGUACCGGUGAUAGUGGAGAAAGUCUCCGGCUCUCAGAUAGUGGACAUUGAUAAGAGGAAGUACCUGGUUCCCUCUGACAUCACAGUGGCCCAGUUCAUGUGGAUCAUCAGGAAACGCAUCCAGCUGCCUUCAGAGAAAGCCAUCUUCCUCUUUGUUGACAAAACUGUCCCCCAGUCCAGUCUGACUAUGGGCCAGCUCUACGACAAGGAGAAGGACGAGGACGGCUUUCUGUACGUGGCCUACAGCGGAGAAAACACCUUUGGUUACACUGCAUUUUAUACAACACGUGGUUAAUGCUUAACUGAAUGCCAGUCCCUCUUUCUCUCCCACACACACACACACACACACACACACACACACACACACACACACACACACACACACAGACACACACAGUAGGGCCUGACAUAUGCUGGUGCACAAUGUUUCAAACAUUGGCCUUUAUGUGUGUUACACAAGUAAUGCACCUACACACUUGGCACAGUCAUUUGUGGAUAAUUUUUGAUACUAAACAUACACAUUUAUGAUGAAAAUGAUCUACACUGAAAUGCUACGAUAAACAAACUGGUUCUAAUCUUUUUGACGGGCUCAGAUGAUCAUUAGUGUCAGGAAUUUAAUGGUUGGUCAGUUGUGGAGAGAAAUAUCUUUAACACUGCCAUAAAAUAAGAAUUAUUACCACACAUUAUAGGCAUGGUAUCAUUAAUUUAGUAUCAACAUCAGUAUUAGACUGAAAAAAAAAAACUGAUGUUAGGAUCUCUUGCUCUCUCUCUCACACACACACACACACACACACACAGAUGCCAAUCAUCACACAUUAAUCAUGCUUUAGUUUCUUUCAAUCCAGUUCUGUUGUCACUGAUAUCUGUGUUCAGCUGCAUUUGGAGAGAAACCCUAUAAUCAUGUGAAUCAGAAUCAUUAAUCACGUUAUGGAUGCAUCUGUAUGACUCUUCAUAUCAUGUGUAAAAACGUCAGUGUGUAGUUUAAUUCCACAGGUACACUCAGCACCACAGCAGGUUAUGAGAAUGAGUCGAAGCAUGUGAAAGAGGGCAGCUCAAGCUUUGGGGAAGGUGACUGAGGGUGGGUGAGUGUGAGCUGGUGAGGAGACAGCCGGUGUAGAGUGUGUCCCGCUCAGGGCCGGGGACCAGCACCAGUCCCUGGGAUGUUACUGAGUGCUUCUCUGCCUGCCUGUUAUGUAUUUGCACAUUAUGUUGGCUCAAUAGACGUCGGCACCACCCAGGAUUCAGACUCAUGAUGCCAACAGCAAGUCAUGAACUUCAGUGAACUGCUAAAGAACCCGAAACACUUUCCUUGAAGUUUAAUGUGUUGAAUAGUGAUAUUUGUGCGUUGUCUUCACUGGUCGACGAUCUGAAAAUUACAGCCACUUAAAAGGAAAGGUCCCUGUCAGUUCCUCUUGUUACAUGAUUGUGAUUAAGUGUGGCACUUUCGCCCUCGACCUGCAUCAUCCACCUCCACGUCAGUCACUGGUUUCCUAUGUUCCUCAGAAUGCCUCAGAAACCUUCAUCAACAUGUCUGUUUGGACUUGUCAGUCACAGGUGUAACUAAUUAUAUUAAUAAUGGUGGUGAUUCAGACACACUUAAAUGGAACAGAGUCACUGUUCAUAUUACUAACUAUACGUGUGCUCUCCCUGCUAUCACAAGUCAAAAUGUCUGCUGUGAAAAAAAAAGGUUUGUUGUAGCUUCUGACCUGAUGUUUUAGUUUGCUCUGCUGUGAUAUUCUUAUUACGGAAAUAAGGAAAUAUUGCAGUGCAUGUUAUAAUGUCAAGAUGCCAUGCAACCAUGUUCUACUGCUAAGUUUCUCAACAGGAGCGAGCCCUGAGGUUAGUGGGUGAUUAAAGGUGAAAAAAAAAAUCCUGCUUAGCUCUGUGGAGCUUUUAAGCCUGUUGUGGUUGGCUGCUCCAGCUCUUUUUAACAUUGUUCCUAGACAUGGCAGACCAGUCAAAAAAGCUGCAAUAAACCAACUGUACAUCACCCGCCCUGCACCAAACAGCAGACAGACAAAGUGAAUGAGCAUUUAGCAGCUUAAGAUUCUGAUAUUUUUCUCAGUAGUAGGUGACAAAAACAGAGCUAUCAGCAGAGAGAAUAUUGGACUUCAUCAAAUAACUUCUAAUGUCACUUCAUGUCUGCUGGAUGUGUAAACAGGUAGCUGUUAGCUAAUAUGUUAGCCAACAACAGCUUAAUAAUGUGUUGUAAAAUAUGUCAAUGUUCUGUUUUCAGGCCUACACAGUCAAUAAAUGCAGCUUUAAACACUAAAACAACAUUUUUUUUACAACUCCUCUCAACUUUGAACUUAUUCUGUUGUCUUGAGUAGUUUUCUGUUUCCCAUUAAUGAGACAAAUGACCUGUCACAGCAAGCACUGAUAUUGGCUUUAGACGACAGUGUGAUCAGGUUGUAAGUUAUACUGUGUUUUGUGUAAAGCUGCGGGCCACUGAAAUGAUCAGGAACCACAAGUUUUCUUGAGGUUUUUAAAGGCAUUGUGGAAAAUGUAAGAAAUCACAUCCUGCAGCAGAAGUAGAGAAAGCAGGUCACAGAGUAACUCAAUAUGUAGCACUGGAAGAGAAUCUAAGCUGAGAUUUUUUCUUUUAAAACUCACCACUGACCAAAACCAGUGUUUACACCCCACUGAGAAUACAAACACGGGGGCAGCUGCGUUGCCUCCCCUCUCGUUCCACAUUUGUGUGUAGAACUGAUCCAAGUUCAUGUUCGGUUUGUCCUCAGGACGACUGCUAAAACACUGUGAGCUAUCAGCACAUCACAAACAGGUACAUGAUAAUAACAGCAGAAGCAUUAUUAUCAUGGAUUAUUUCUCCUCAUGUUCCUGGAAUGUGUGUGUUACUAGAGAUAGUAGAGAUACACAAUAUUAGAUCGUGUCCCUGCCCACUGCACCUUGCUAACAUUUUAAUGAUUAAAAUAGGCAAGGCUCUGAGCAGAAAUGUUAGUUAAUAAAAUCAUUGAGAGUGUAUUUAUCCUGUGCAGAGUGCUUUCAGACUUGUUAAUGAUUAAAUGAUUUCCAUGUACCAACGAACUCUGUGUGUAUAAGGACCACAGUAAAAAUAUAUAACACUGUAAUUCACAUCUCCAGUAUUUCAAGUAAAGUGUUGCUCAGGUCUUUGGCUGCACAGGUUUCAGAAUCACUGUUAUAUUUCUUCUCUUCAUUCAGAUGACUCUGAUGCUGACAUUUUGGCUGCAGCUGUAGUUUUUGGUGCUGAAUCAGAGCGAGACGUCUGGUGUUGCCACACCUUAAAGUAGUUCAUAUUUGUCCACCACGAAGCUAAUUAAAACAUGGGCUUUUAAACAUGGUAUGUAGAUGUGUAACAUAUUAAUGGAAUGCUAUGAUAUUGAGGAUUGUUUUAUUUCAUUAGUGCUGUAUGAUCAUUAAAUAUAUCCUGAAGAUAUAAUGGAAUUUUAGAUAUUUGAAAAAGGUAAGGUAGCUGGAAGACCUGACCAAUAAAAGUGAAUGUAAAAAUGAA